CAAAACUGCAUUCGUGUCACAAAGUAGAACGCAAAAAAGAAGGCUCUCAUUAAUUUUUCCUUAUUAGAGCUUAUUAUCUACUAACAAUGGCUGAUGAACAACCCAAUCUGGUGGCUGGACACCCACCUGCAUUGAAGGCCGGUGGAAUGCGUAUAGUGCAGCAUAAGGCGCCCGCCUCCGAGCGCCCAGCCAAGGAUGCUGAAGAUUGCACGGGACUGACGCAACCGGUGAAUGUGAACUCUAGUUCGGUGAGCGGAGCACCCGUCAAGGGUAACACAGAUUUUACGCCCGCUGGUGCGCAGGUGGCUCAUUCGCACAAGCCACCAGCAGCUGUUCAGCAGAAGCCGCAGAUCCAUCAGAUACAGCAGCCCCGCAAGUGAUCCGAUUCUGCGUCAAGCACUGACUUCGUAACUGUAUUUCGUUUGCUUUUGUGAGCGAGAUUAAUUUAAAUAUGCCUUAUAUUUUUGCUACUCUAAUAUUUGUUUUAAAUACUUUUGUUUAACACUUUUCAUUCCACAUGCAUUUUCGCAUCGAGUUAAAUAAAUAAAUAAAAACAA